AUGAAAUUACGGUUAAAAUUCCGUUCUUCUUUCGUUCUCGUAAAUAUCGAAAAUCAGUAUUCUGAACUUCUUCACGUCCUUGAAUUGGCGGCCGUAAACUUUAAAUUGAAUGCAGCCAACGUUGAGCUGAGUUUAAACGCCAAUGAUUACUUCGGUUUUGAUAACUCUACCAUGCGCCUUGAUGAACUCGGAAUCGUUAACGGCGAUAUUAUCUACGUUCGAUCUCGCGAAAGCCUCGACGAUAUCAAAAAUACGUUAGAUAGCGAACUUCACAGCGAUUUAAACGAAGUUCGGGCAACUGCUGAGAACCCGCUUGACGUCGUUCGCCUAACCUAUAUUUACCCUCUCGCGCCUUCGAUGCCGGUCGUCUUUACCAUGUAUUCCGUUGCUGGAAUAUCAAAUACGUCAAUCGCAAACCAACUCGCCAUCAACAAAAAGUCGAACUUUGUAGACUGCGGCCUUCUUGAUUCUGGUAAACCAGUUGCUUACGCGAUUUAUUUCUUCUGCUUGAAAGUGAUCGCACCAAUUGCCGAAGGAAAUCCUCCGACACUCAUAAGUUAA